AUGGCCACGGCCCCGUCCGCCCGUGCGAUCCUCGGGCAGCCCCGCCGGGAACGGGCGGCACCGGGAGAGCUGAGCAAGGACCUGCAGGAAGCCCGGCAGGAUGGGAGGCUGUGGAGGAGAUCCAGCUGGGGGAAGGCGCAGGGGGGGGGGCACGGGCUGCUCUCCCUGCUGAGCUGCCUCUGCAGCCCCCCCGGGCUGCGGCCCCCCCUGUGGGCUGAGCGGGAGCUGGUGCUGGCCAUGGCCACCUGUCCCCUGGAUGACAGCCAGCAGGUCCACCUGAGGAUCCUUCAGACCAUCUUCCAGCAGCUGACGCACUCCCAGCUGGGCUGCCCGCGCUACGGGCCUCACUGGGAGGAGCUGGGCUUCCAAGGUGCAGAUCCCAGCACUGACCUGCGUGGGACGGGAAUGCUGGGCCUGAUGCAGCUUCUGUUCCUCCUCACCCACCCCCAGCUGCUCCCUCUGGCUCAGGAGAUCUUCAGGUUGUCCCACCACGAAACCCAGAGCUUCCCCUUCUGCAUCAUGUCAGUGAACAUCACCCACAUGGUCCUGCAGGCCCUGAAGGAGGAACAUCUCUCCAGGGUGUGCAACCGCAGGCAGGAGGUGAUCCCCGUGCUCAACCACCUCCACGCUGCCACCUUCCUGCAGCUCUUCCAGCUCUGGAGAGGACAGCACAGGACCAUCGCCGACGCCAGCUUUGUCCUCAAGGAGCUGGAAUUCUCCACCAAAAAGAAACCAAAGCAGCUCCUGAAAUCCCUGGACAUCUACAUGAGCCGGAGCCUUCAGCAACGCUCCGGGAGUGGCGACCAGGAGAUGGUCUUCACUGGUGUGUGUGACCUUCAGGGUGAGCUGGAAGGAGAAGCUCAGCUGGUUUGA